GGAGUGCGGACAAGGUGAGUGGCGGGAUUAGCGCUAAUCAGUGUGUGUGACACAAGUCAUGCAGCAGCUCUGCUCUCCAAUCCGCAGGUACCUCCUCCUCUUCUCUCCCGCCCUCCCCCUCCGCCUUUGUCUUACUAUCACAGGGAAACCAAGGGAACAAUUUCCUGUUGACACCGGAUUAUUUAGAAAGUGAAGGGAAGGAGGAGUGAGGGGAAGCCGGCCUGGAAGUUCUUCCUACUCGCACCUUGUACCCGGGCUGUGCUGCUGUCUGUCUCCCAGGGGACUGAUAGAGAUAGGGAAUACGGCGAGCAUUAUAGGACAUCACUAGCUACAAAGUUUGUCCGCAGGGAAAGAGGGGGACCUGGAGCGGAGGCAGCAGACGGCGGGCACCCUGGAUAUGCGGCUCAGCAACAGCAGCAGGUGCGCGGCCUCCUUGGGCUGACACUGGGAUACAGGAAAGGAGAUGCCAAUGCGCUGCUGCCUCCAUUGAUCAGGGGUCGCUAAACACAAGCGCUCACGUCUGGCCUCGGCUUCUUACACAGGGGCCUUGUGCUGCCGUUGGGUGACAAGACGGGACUUGGAUUUGUGAGCCUUCCAUGCUCUCGCCCACAGCUGCUGAUGGCUGAAGCCUGGCUGGAGGAAGAAGAGGAGGAGCUGCGAGAGAUCAGGGACAGCGCUGGGAACAGGAGGCACAGGAGGUCCAACCUCAACCAAGCGGCAGAACGCCCCGAAAGAAAUAAACCAGAGCACCGAUUUCCUGGGCAAGGUCCCUUGUCCUCAAUAAGAGCUGUCAUUAAGAGAACUUCAAGAACGACAACUCAAAGUGAACAACAGAGAGAGAGAAGACGUCCAGAGAUAACAAUUGUUGCUGCUGAGCCCAUUGGUCCUGGAUCUUGGUUUCAUGGUGGACCACCAGCUGGACUGGGGUUUCCUCCUCCACCACCCCCACAGUGGAGGCCCAGUGAAUCUCAUCCGGCAGAGCCUCCAUCCUAUGAGCAGGUGAUUAAAGAAAUCAACCAAGUGCAGGUUACCACAUCCAACUGUAAUGCGGAGCCCCGACGUACUACAACAUGUGCAACACAAACUGAUUUUCAGGUGGACGAAGAACAAAACAUACUGGCCAAUAAUGUUAUUGAUCAGCCUGUCUUUUGUAAUCAGGAACCACUAGCAGCCCAGAAAGCUCCUGAAAUAUCUCGUCUAUCAUUAACUUUUUUGACAAGCAAUGUAAAUAACAGUACUCAACAGGUAUCCGUUUGUAACAGCACAGAGAUAAUUGUCAGGCAAGACGAUGCUAAUGCCUUUAGACCCCCAGUGCCAAGGCCAAGGACAAAAUCCAACCUCAGACCUGUAGCAAACAAUUUUCUUAGUAUUUAUCAAGAAAACGGUGAACAAUUUGUCCAGUCCACACCUGAGGGAGAGCACCCUUCAAUUCAUCCUUGCUCUAGUUUUGAUGACCGCUUUUUUGAAGCAAACAAUAUGAGCCAUGAAAGAAGCCAAAACAUUAUUGUUUCAAGGAUUAAAGCUUUUGAGAGUCAGACUGAUGCUUCAGAGCCGCCUAGAAGACCAGAAAUAGUGCCACGUACCUUCAACAACAGGGGCUCUGGUGCUGUUAAGCCUACACCUGCUCCUAAGCCAGUCUCCAACAAGACAUCUGGUGAAUGGGAGCUGGCAAACGACAAUAAACUAAAAGUUAUCCCAAGGGAAGGGUUUGCUCCAUCUAAACUACCCGAUGCAGGUGGCACAGACAAGCCAGGACUGCCAAAGAAACCAAAGCCUGGGUUAGCUAAAAGCAGUAGCAGUGAAUUUUCUGAUCCUGUUCUUGGGACCUCGCUGUCUUUAAACAACAACAUUCAAGAUGCGGAACGGAAAGUGCCCAUUCCAGCUCCCAGGCCUAUGUUUCCGAAGAAACUCUUGCAGAGUGAGCCCCCAGUCUUGCCAACAGCAGUACCCAGGCCACAUGCUGCUCCAAAACCUUUUGUAGCCACGCAAGCCAAAGCUUUCUCAACAUCCGAACUACCUGCAGUCCAUAUUCCACCACCUGCUGCACAGAACAAACCAGUUGGUGAACUAGAUCUGAUCAGUUUUGAUGAUGAUGCUUUAUCUCCUGUUCUGCUCCCCAGUCCAGAAGUCACAAAUGUUUCAAAAGCCAAUACUGAUCCUUUCCAGGUGUUUUCUACAGACAGUGCUGAAAAGGAACAGCCACUGCCACCUGCUCUGCAGAGAAAACCUACAGUGAUAAGAAUCUCUGGCAAGCUAGGAAAAUCUUCUGAAGAACUUCAGGUUCCACCACCGCUCCCUGCUGAGAAGCCAGUCGGAAGUCUCUACAGCAAAUCAAGCGUGAGGCCUCGUCCUGUAGGCAGAAAAGAUUGGGAGUCCACAGAGUCUGUAGAAGAUGCUUGGACCAAGCCUGCACUGCCUACAAGGCCUGUUGGUAUUAAAGUGAAGGAAACUCCUAGCCAACCACAGAAGGGGCCUCCUGGACGACCUCCACCACCCAAAGUAUCCAGAAAUUCCACCCGAGACGCCUUUCCCCGAUCUGCUUCUGAUGUUGGCUUUACUGCAAAACACAAUACGUCUGGCAUCAGUAGGUCAAAAAGUCACAUCAUAAAAAGGCAACAACCAGAUCUACCUCCCCGGCCCAAGCCUGGACAUCCCCUGUACAACAAAUACACACUGCCCCUGCCUCAUGGAAUUGCUGAUAAAGAUGUUGUAUCCAGUAAACCAGGAGAGCUGUCAUGCAAGCGUGGAGAGGUGCUUGUACUACUAGAACAGACUGACAAUAAUUACAUUCAGUGUCAAAAGGGUUCGGCUACUGGAGAAGUCAAAACGUCUAAUAUGACAAUAAUUACUCCUCUCAAUGGCAAUGUGGAAACCAGAAACAAUGUAAGCAGCGCUGAUGACAGUCAUGUUCCUCAUGCCUUAGUACUGCAUGAUUUCAGAGGAGACCAAGCGACUGAUCUAAGCUUGAACUCAGGAGAGACCGUUUAUCUGCUGGAGAAAAUAGACAACGAAUGGUACAGAGGGAAGUGCAAAGGCAGCACUGGGUUAUUCCCUACCAAUCACAUCAGGGUUAUUGUUGAUGUUCCUAGUAAAGGCCUACAGAAGAAGCCAUCAUUCCAGUGUAGUAUAAAGGGUCCAAGAUGUAUUGCACGUUUUGAAUUCAUAGGAGAUCACAGGGACGAACUCAGCUUCUCAGAGGGUGACAUGAUUACACUUAAGGAGUAUAUAAAUGUUGAGUGGGCCAAGGGAGAACUUAAAGGGCAAACUGGAUGUUUCCCAAUCAAUUUUGUUGAAAUAAUAGAAGAUUUGCCAUCGAGUGGUCUGAGUAAAAACAUGGCAGAUGCUGUGCAGUCACAGAAGAAGUUGGGACAGCAGCCGCAUGUAGCUGGGAAGUGGGCUGAAGCCCUGUAUGACUUUAAUGGAGAGGCUGAGGAAGAUCUGCCAUUUAAGAAAGGAGAUAAGAUCCAACUAAUAGAAAGGCUGGAUGCUGAAUGGUACAAAGGGCGCCUGAAUGGCAGAGAAGGGGUCCUGCCGUCUGCUUUUGUACAAGUCUCUUCAGGAAUGAAGCCUUGGCAAACUCAGGAAGGAAAUGCAGGAAAGGCUCGGGCACUUUAUGACUUCUGUGGGGAGAGCGAUGAUGAACUCUCAUUUAAGGCUGGAGACCUUAUUUCGGCUCUGGAAUCCAUAGAUCGUGAAUGGAUGUGCGGCGAACUAAAUGGAAAAUCCGGAAUAUUUCCAAAGAACUUUGUUCAGCAAUGUUAGUCUCACAGCUAAGCCUCUGUGCCCACCUGUGUGCAUCCUCUCCUCUCAAACUAUCACCUUUGGUGCCAACUGAACUUUUUUAUAUUUUAAUGUGUAAUAUGUGUAAUAUUUUUGCACUACUUUUUUUUUUAAUCUUACAGAACAAAAAACAUUUGUUACCUGUUAUGUUACUGUCCUGUAUUCGUACUUUCAGUCCAGCAAAAUCAUGUUUAAUAUACAGCGAUGGGUAAAAUGUAGCAUUGCAAAGGGCUCAGACAACACUUCACUUCACCAAAUAGCUUGGACUUAUUCUGAUCUUAAUGACAGAACCAAUAAAUCUUAGUCCCGCUGUAA